AUGGGAAAAGAAAACCAAACAACUGUGACUGAAUUUAUCUUGCUGGGACUUUCACAGGAUCCAAAGAUUCAGAUACUGCUCUUCUGUGUUUUCCUGUUCAUCUACCUCCUCUCUCUAUCUGGAAAUCUUCUCAUAAUAAUCCUUGUCCAGUUUGAUUCUCGACUUCACACCCCCAUGUACUUUUUCCUCAAAAACUUAUCCUUUGCAGAUCUCUGUUUCUCUACAAGUAUUGUUCCCCAGAUGUUGGUCCAUUUUCUUGUAAAAAAGAAAGCCAUUUCCUUUGUUGGAUGCUCUCUACAGAUAGUUGUCUUCCUCUUAGCGGGGUGUACAGAGUGUUCGUUGCUGGCAGUUAUGUCCUAUGACCGCUAUGUGGCUGUCUGCAAGCCAUUACACUACUCUGCCAUCAUGACCCAGAAGGUUUGUGCCCAGUUAGCCAUCGUGUCCUGGAUUAGUGGGACAUUUGUGUGUUCAGUUGAUAGUGCAUUUACACUGUGUCUUCCCUACCAAGGACAGAAUGUCAUUAACCACUACUUUUGUGAACCUCCCGCCCUCCUGAAGCUGGCUUCAGCAGACACUUACAAGGCUGAGAUGGCCCUCUUUGCAAUGGGUGUGGUCAUCCUCCUAGCUCCUGUCUCCCUCAUCUUUGUUUCCUAUUGGUAUAUUAUCUCCACAGUGAUUCGAAUGCAGUCAGGGGAGGGAAGGCUCAAGGUAUUUUCCACCUGUGGCUCCCAUCUCACUGUUGUGGUCCUCUACUAUGGCUCUGGAAUAUUUGCUUACAUGAGACCUAACUCAAAGAUGAUGAGUGAAAAGGAUAAGGUCAUCUCUGUGUUCUACUCAGUUAUGACUUCCAUGUUAAACCCAAUUAUUUAUAGCCUGAGGAAUAAAGAUGUGAAGGGGGCUCUCAGGAAGUUAGCUGGGAAAUAG